CCAGGAAAUGGAACUGGAGCCGAACCUGCCCCCGAGGCAGAGCCUGCGAAACUUGUGGUCCCCACAAAAGUGAACCCGUAUUCUGUCAUUGACAUCACGCCGCUGCAGGAAGACCAGCCGCCAUCUCCAGACACGAACACAGAGGAGGAAGGCGUGGGGCUGCGUGUGCCCAGUGGUUACUCUGUGCCUGUGCCNUGUGGCUAUGCUGUCCCCUCCAACCUGCCAUUGCUGCUGCCAGCCUACUCCAGUCCUGUCAUCAUUCGAGCUGAGUCUGUAGAGGAGGAAGAAGCAGCAGAAACUGCGGGAGACGGGCAGUGCAAUUCCCUAAGCUCCGAGGACCUUCCACACAGCGGUGAGCAAGGCAGCCAAGAAGGCAGUGCCCUGGCCCGAUGGGCAGCGGACCCUGCCAACACAGCAUGGAUGGAAAAUCCAGAGGAAGCGAUUUACGACGACGUUCCAAGGGAAAACUCGGACUCUGAACCAGAUGAAAUGAUUUAUGAUGAUGUGGAGAACGGCGAAGAAGCUGGAAACAGCUCCCCAGAGUACGGGUGGAGUUCCAGCGAAUUCGAAAGCUAUGAGGAGCCGAGCGACUCNGAGGGCAAGAACGGAAUUCCCAGGUCCUUCCUGCGCAGCAGUCAUAAAAAGCAACUCUCUCAUGACCUAACCCGCUUUAAGGCGCACUGUGAGGAAAAGAUGAGAGGCUUGGUGGCCAGUACGGUGGGAGCCAUGGAGAUUCAGCAGGCAAAGCAGAGGCAGGAGCGGAAGAUGCAGAGGCUUAUGAAGGCAGCCAAGGAGGGCACCAAAGAUGGGCUGGAGAAAACGAAAGCCGCUGUGAAGAGAGGCCGCUCCUUCAUCAGGACCAGGUCCUUGGUCUCUCAAGAUCACAGGUGUUAUUUUGAAGAAGAGCAGAAUUUGUUCAUUGACGUGGACUGCAAGCACCCGGAGGCUGUCCUCACCCCAAUGCCCGAGGGCUUGUCUCAGCAGCAGCGGCUCCUGAGUGACAGGAAGCUCAGGAUGGUUUUCUACCGCGUCAAGGAGAUCCUACAGUGUCAUUCCAUGUUCCAGAUUGCGCUGGCCAGCCGCGUGUCCGAGUGGGAUGCCGUGGAAACAAUCGGUGAUGUCUUCGUGGCCUCGUUCUCCAAGUCCAUGGUGCUGGAUGCUUACAGCGAGUACGUGAACAACUUCAGCACGGCCGUGGCUGUCCUCAAGAAGACGUGUGCCACAAAGCCUGCUUUCCUUGAGUUCUUAAAGCUGUGCCAGGAUUCCAGUCCAGACCGAGUCACACUCCACAGCCUUAUGAUGCGGCCCAUCCAGAGGUUCCCACAGUUCAUCCUCCUACUGCAGGUAUUGAGCUCACCNCCCAGCGCUGAUGACUGUNCGAAGCUCGGGCACUGGGGAGCCCCCGUUCCCUUCUCCUUUGCGGAAACCUGGGUGGGUGACCUCUCUGGUGUCCUUUUGAACCUCCAGCUCCUCAGCAGUGGAAACCGGUACCUCGUCCGGUCCGAUGAUGUCAUCGAGACGGUUUACAAUGACCGGGGAGAAAUCGUCAAGACCAAGCAACGCCGGAUCUUCAUGCUGAAUGACGUGCUCAUGUGUGCCACCGCCAGCUCACGGUCGGGGCGGCCCACGUUCUUCACUGCUGUGUUCAAUACGCUUACACCAGCCAUCAAGGAGUCCUGGGUCAGCAGCCUGCAGAUGGCCAANCUGGCUCUUGAGGAGGAGAACCAUAUGGGAUGGUUCUGUGUGGAUGACGAUGGCAACCUAGCCAAGAAGGAGACACACCCUCUCCUGGUGGGACACAUGCCUGUGAUGGUGGCCAAGCAACCAGAGUUCAAGAUUGAAUGUGCAGCUUAUAACCCUGAACCUUACCUGAGCAAUGAAAGUCAACCAGCCUCACCCUCCACAGCCCGUGGCUUCCUGUGGAUUGGAAGCUGUAGCAACCAGAUGGGUCAGGUCGCCAUUGUCUCCUUCCAAGGUUCCAACCCCAAAGUCAUUGAGUGCUUCAAUGUGGAGUCACGCAUCCUGUGUAUGGUAUACAUUCCCGCAGAGGAGUCAAAGCCCCAAGAGACCACCGAAACCAAGGAUCCAGAAGCCGCAGCCUCGAGAGCACCCCAUGUGCCCACCAUCUGCCUGGGCACAGAAGAGGGAAGCAUUUCCAUUUACAAAAGCAGUCAGGGCUGCAAGAAGGUGAGGCUUCAGCACUUCUACACACCGGACAAGUCCACAGUCAUGAGCUUGGCCUGCUCCCCACAAGGCCUGUAUGCAGGCCUGGUCAAUGGGUCCGUAGCCAGCUACACCAAGGCUCCAGAUGGAUCCUGGAACUCGGAACCCCAGCAAGUGAUCAAGUUGGGUGUCCUGCCAGUCAGAAGCCUUCUCCUGGUGGAGGGUGCGCUCUGGGCAGCCUCGGGAGGGCAGGUGUUCAUGGCCAGCGUGGAGACUCACACUAUAGAGAAUCAGCUGGAGGCCCACCAAGAUGAAGGGAUGGUCAUCUCCCACAUGGCUGUGGCUGGCGUUGGCAUCUGGAUUGCCUUCACCUCGGGGUCCACCCUCCGCCUCUUCCACACAGAGACCUUGAAGCACCUGCAGGAUGUCAACAUUGAUGCCCCCGUGCAUAGCAUGCUGCCAGGGCACCAGCGUCUGUCUGUGACCAGCCUGCUCGUCUGCCACGGCUUGCUCAUGGUCGGUACCAGCCUGGGUGUCGUGGUGGCCCUGCCAGUCCCUCGGCUUCAGGGUAUCCCCAAAGUGACAGGGCGAGGCAUGGUCUCCUACCAUGCACAUAAUGGGCCCGUUAAGUUCAUNGUCUCAGCCACGACAUUUCAAAACAAGGANAGAGCCAGGGACAGCCCACGUUCCGGUUCUGAGCUUCAAGAUGAAGACCCCAAGGACUUGCUCUGCAGUGAGGAGGGUCCUUCCUGCCCGGGCCAGCCGGACACCUACACAGCCGUUUGGUUGGGAGACUCCCUAGGAUUGCCAGCUCAGAAGAAUGAUCUGUCUUCGUCCUCAGGGUCACUGAACCUGUCCCAUGGCUCCAGUUCCCUAGAGCACAGAUCUGUGGACAGCAGCCUGUGUGACCUGCUGAGGGACCCCAGUGCAUCCCCAAGGAGCAGACCACAGGGCUCUAGGCGAGCGAGAGCCAGUUCAGCGCUGGUGGUGUGUGGGGGCCAGGGCCACCGGCGGGUACACAGGAAGGCCAGGCAGCCUUCUCAGGAGGACCUGGUUUCUUCAGUGAUGGUGUGGCAGAUCCCUCUGCUGGGCAUGUAGGUCAGGAGGCUGCUGCCUGGCAUAAGGUGGCAAUCAAGGACAACUCUCAGCUGGAUGCAGGCCCAGCUGACAGAGGCUGCAUCCCACAUCACCGGGACCAACUGGAAGCAGAGUUUGGAAAAGAAAUAUUCUGUGCUCACUCUGCUCUCCUGCCUUCCUCCCAUCGCACAACGGAGCCCAGCUGUGCCAGGGAAGCAGGGGAGCGCCCUGGCUUUGGGGUCACUGGACCACAGUUCAGGAUAAUGCUACAGUCUGCCCCAUCAUUCACCUGAGACCUAAAGUGAGCUGGCUGUGUGGGCUCCAGACUCAUCUCAGAGAGCUGACAGGGAAACAACAUAGCACCUAGUAGCAUAGGAGGUCAUUAACAACCCUUAAAAAUCAUUCUACUUGACUCAUACUCACUACUGUUAUUUAUAUUCUCUAUAUUUUUUAAAUCCCAGAAUACAGAUUGUAACAAUUUAGAAAGCCAGGUAACACACCCCAGUCCAGUCAGCUUGUACUUUUUUGGAAGGAGUGACCGAGGCUUUCCGAAGUAGACCAUUAUGUGUACUGUGCCCUUUAACAAAUAGUGUUUUUAUAUUGCAUUUUUUCUAUUAAAAAUCAACAGUUAACAUUUUAGCCAAUGUACUCUCUGUAACAUUUCACACAUAAUCUUUACUUGAAGCCAAAAUGUUCAGUACCUGUCAACAUUGAACUCCAGCUUCCACGCCAAAUCAUACUUGCCUUCUCAUACUAAGUNACAUUAANGUCUGCGUGGGGCAUGUGCCGGCCCAGGCAUGCAGGGAUGGUGCUAGAUGUGUCUCUGGUCUUCUGUGCACCUGCUGUCAGAGAGCCAUCCACACAGUUGGACACUCCUUCUGAGUGGUCCAUGGUGCUGAUCAGUCAGCCGCUGCCCUCCCCCGCGCCUGCCUGCCAUCCCCGUACCACCUUCCCCCCUUCCCAAAGAACACACAGGGUCACGUGGGACACUUGAAUGUCAAGGGGCAUGAGUAACCCAUAGACUCUGUUUGCUCCAGCUGUAUUAUACAUCAGUGUUUCACUUACUGGAUGGAUUAAAAAAAAUGUUUUUUUUAAACUUAAUGCAGAUAUUAUUCACCAAGGACAACUUCUCAGCACUUUACAAAGGACUAAAAUGCUAACUUUUAACUUAGCCAAAUAUUUUUCUAAAUUGCACAUAUCCCCAAGCUUUUUCAAACUGUUAGCUGCUAUCUUAUUUGAUAAAAUAAAAGACUUUCUAUUUUA